AUGGCUUAACAAUCAAUUGAUAUGAAGUCAAAAUUGGAUAAAACUAUAAAAAGAGAUGAGAUCAUGGAACCUUAAUAAGAAAAGAAUUCUAAAUAAAUUUAAGAUAAGAUAUAGGAAAAUAAUGAGACAGAAACAAAAAAAAAAAAAGAUGGAGGAUAAUUGGAAUCUUUGUUUUAAAAUAAUGGAACGAAUUUAUUUAACAUUUUAGGAGUAACCCUUUAUUCAAAUAGAAGUUUAUUUGGUACAUUAUAAAUAAAUAGAGGAAUGUUUGGCAAUAUAAAUAAUAAAGAGCCAAAUAAUAAUGGGAUUGAUUUGACUAAACCUUGUUCAUCUUUAUUUGGUAUAGAUUUUAAAGUUUACAAAUCAGAUGAUAGUGAUGGUGCAGAAGAUAUUGGUAUAUUUAUAUAUAAUAAUAAUUUAGGACAGGAAGAUGAAUAAAAAUAAGAAGAUGAAGAACCAAAAUAAAUUGAAAUGAAAUAUGAUUAUUCUACUUAAACUGACUAAUUACUUAUACUUGAAAUUGAGAAGUUUAGAAUAAAUACUAAUGAUGUUUUAGAAAAAGGAACUGUUGCUUUAGAAAAAUCAAAAGAUAGUAGUGUAUUUUACUUUAUUUAUAGGUAUUUAAUAUAAUUAUAUCAAUAGAAAUUAAAUCUAAUAAAUAUUAUAUACAGGACAAUUAUUAAAAGGCAUUUCGCAAAUCAAACCAUUAGGCUCAAAAUAAGAAAAUAUACUAUUGAGGGCUAUGAGUAGAAUUUAGAAGACUUAAUCAUAAGAAUAAUAUCCUGUUUAAAUAGACACUCUUAAAAUUAUGUUGAAAGACAAAGAAAAUGCAGAAUUAUUUAAAGAAAAGAUAUCAAAUUUGUUUAAUUGA